CAGAGAAAUCCGCCGUAUCUCGAACAUUUGCCAUCGUCGCAGUGCACGAUGAUUGAGACCGAGCGCAUGACGACCCCGGCGUACAGCUUUGUGGACGCCAAGCCCGACGCACCUCUGUCAACGUACUCGACGCUGCGCCUUUUGGCCGUGUGCAGCCCUCGCUUGGCGCUCAACACGGCGUGGGCGGCCCAGUGGGCGGCGCUUGGCCCGCUUCUCCAAGUGCUUCUUUCGCCGUCGUCGGUGCAACUCGUGCAGCUCGUAGGGCCUAUCUCUGGGUUCCUUCUCGCGCCUACUGUCGGCGUCUGGAGCGACAACUGCACCUCGACAUUCGGUCGUCGGCGGCCAUUCCUUUGCCUCGGAGCACUCCUAAGCUGCCUCUGCUGGCUCGUCAUGAUGUUUGCCGUCGAGAUUGGCGAGGCCCUCGGCGAUACUCCAGCGCAUCUCUUCGACACGUCGGCACAGCCAUCGCGAGCCUGGACCACGCGUGUCGUGGUGCUUACGUACAUUUGGAUGGACGUCGCGCUCAACUUGACGCAGACGCCAUUGACGUUGCUCAUUGCCGACUGCGCCGGCGACCGCCUCGUGACGGCGUCCGCAAUUGGCAGUGCGUACUCGAUCGCGGGCUCGUUUCUCGUGUCAGGCUACAUUCUCGCGUUUGGCCCGGCGCACGAGAGCGUCAAGCCGUUCUUAAGCGUCCUCAUUGCCGCCAUGGCGGCGACCAUCGGCCUGGUCUUGUUUGCAGCCAACGAGACACCGCGGAGUGAGUCGGCGACAAGCACCUCGAAGGCAGCUUUCUUUGCCGUGUGGGACGGCAUCCGGCGCCUCCCCCGUGUGCUCAGUGUCUACUGUGCCAUCCUCCUCUUUGUUCAGUACGGCUUCUUCGCCUAUAACGGCGCCAAGGGCCAGUUUUUUGGCCUCGUUGUCAAGAAUGGCAGUGCGUUUGGUGCCGAUACGUGCGGCCACGACGGAAACCCUCCAUGCAGCGCUGGACAGACCGCGUUCAACGACGGCGUCGCGCUCGCGGGUGGCGUCACCGAUACCAUAUACAACGUGGUGAGUCUUGUCUAUUUGGCCGCGCUGCCGGCGCUUGUGCGCACGUAUGGUGUGCAGCGCAUUCUUGUCGCAUCACUCUUUCCGCAGUCGCUGCUCAUCGUGUUAUCGAUCUCCAAGGUUAUUUUCCUCGAUGUCGCGAUCGUUGUCGGCUGCAGCUUUACGCAAAACACGCUUCUUGCUCUGUACCUUCCGACCAUUUGCCACGUCAUUGGUGUCGACGAAGACGUUGGUAUCUACGCUGGCGCCAUCAACUCGGCCAUGUGCGCUGGUCAAUUCCUCAGUUUUGUACUCGCGUCCGUCCUGGUGACGUCGUCCAUGGGCUACGCCCUCCCGAUCUUGGUCGGCGGGGUCAUGAGCUUUCUCGGCUUUGCCAUCGCCGCCAUUUUCUUCCGAAUCCAUCUCUUCGCGUCGUGAAGUCUGUGAAUAAUGUCACCACAAUCGUUUCUGUGCAUGAUGCACGCCUUGAUGGUAUCUUGUGCUCAUGACAGAAUUCGAC